UUGGUGUAAACAAGCAUUUUAUAAAGAAAAAAGGCACAAGGAUAGUUAGCUUUUGAAAGUAGGAUUUCGGAAGCUAGAAUGAGAUUUGUAUUAAUUGCUGUGAUUUUCUUGGCCACAGCUACACUUUGUAGCGCAGCUGAUGCAGAGUGUAAGUAUCGCAAGGCUCGUAAUUUGGCACUUCAUUGGGCCGAUCCGACCGAUUGUACGCGUUACUAUCGUUGUACAAACAGAAGUGUUAAAAGGGAAGUAGUUUGCGCCGAGGGAAAGGCUUACAACCCAAAAACCGGAAAGUGUUCAAGUAAUAAGGAGGGUCUAUGUAAACUGACGUUGUUGGCGCCACUAGCCGGGGCAAUCAAUCCGUGUGCCGACGAAGUUUCAGGCACAUACACUGCACAACCAGGGUAUUGUCGCAACUUCUACAUUUGCAAUAAUAAUCAAGCUUAUCCUCAGGUUUGCGAUGAUGGUAGCCUUUUUAAUGCUACACUCUCAUAUUGUAUCCCAGACUCCGACACCAAGUGUUGGCAAAACAAGUGCAUUGGUAAACAAAAUGGUACUUAUCUGCCGGACCUAUCCUCAUGUACCUCAUUCUACGUGUGUGCUGGUGGAGAAACUACUUUACAGAAAUGUGAUAGCGGAAGUUAUUUUAAUAGCUCUAGUAAUAUUUGCCAACCAGACCCAAACGGAGAUUUCUGUUGGGAGAAUUUGUGUGCUGAUAAAAACAAUGGCGAUUUUGUUAAAGACAUAAAUGAUUGCCAUAGCUAUUAUGUGUGUGCUUCAGGACAAGCUGUUCAGCAGUAUUGUCCUAACGGCAGCUACUUUAAUUGGUCUGAGAAUGGAUGUGUACCAGGUGAAUGUCCAUCAGAUGAAACUACUACGGAAUAUCCAACGACUGAGACCCCAAUAUCAUCGACGGAGUGUAGUAAAGAAACCACGGAGCCUUCAACUACAACGCAGUGUACAGAAGUCACAACAGCUGCCCCAGAGCCACCCUGCGAAUGUCCUGGUGGAUAUAAGGAAGGCGAAUCGAUUCCCUUUCCCAAUUAUCCAGAGAAUUGUGAUAAAUACUACGAAUGUUUGAAUGGAAAGCUCGUAGAAAAGGAAUGUGGAGUGGGUAAUCGCUUCAAUAGUACCCUGGGUGCUUGUGAACCUGAUACCGACCACGUCUGCUGGCCAACCACCAGUAUUCCUUGCACUGAAGUUACAACACCUACUCCUGAACCAACCUGCGAUUGUCCUGGUGGUUAUAAGGAAGGUGAUUUGGUUCCCUUCCCCAAUUAUCCGGAGAAUUGUGACAAAUACUACGAGUGUUUGAAUGGAAAACUCGAAGAAAAAGAAUGUGGAGAGGGUAAUCGUUUCAACAGUGCUCUCGGUGUUUGUGAACCUGAUACCGACCACGUCUGUUGGCCAACAACCAAUAUUCCUUGCACUGAAGUUACAACACCUACUCCUGAACCAACCUGCGAUUGUCCUGGUGGUUAUAAGGAAGGCGAUUUGGUUCCCUUCCCCAAUUAUCCAGAGAAUUGUGACAAAUACUACGAGUGUUUGAAUGGAAAACUCGAAGAAAAAGAAUGUGGAGAGGGUAAUCGCUUCAAUAGUAGCCUAGGUGUUUGUGAACCUGAUAUUGAAAAAAUCUGCUCGCCAGCGGAUUGCAGUGAUCGUAACACCAAAGCUGGUUCGCACCGAGUUAGACGAAGUAUUGGGAGCGAAGCAGUAGCGCCAGAAACGGGCAAUAAUACUUGCGUUGAAGGGAAAGUAACAGAACAUUUCACAGAUUGUAGAAAAUAUCAUGUUUGCGUUAAUGGCGGACUAUUAUUACAUGAUUGUGGUUUUGGCAAUUAUUUCGACCCAAUUAUGCUCACAUGUAAUAUUGACAUUCAGAGAGUUUGCAUUUCUAAUCAUGAGCCUGUCAAUAUAGCAAAUCACGAAAAUAAUAUUGAUCAUGACUCAAAUGUAGAGGAAUAUAACACUAUUCAUGUAUUUGAGGUGUCUAGUUCUGAAGGAGUUGGUGAAAGCAUGAAAUCGGUAGAUAUUAUUUCAACAUCAGACUGUACAUGUCCAGGCGGCUACAGAGAAGGAGAACUGCUACCAUUCCCCAACUAUCCAGAAAACUGUGAUAAAUAUUAUGUUUGUGCGAAUGGAACAUUGCAAGAACAUGAAUGCGGUGUUGGUAAUCGUUUUGACAGUACUCUUGGCGUAUGUCAGCCUGAUACCGAUAAUACAUGUUGGCCAGCCGAAUCAAAUUGCACAUGUCCCGGUGGUUAUAAAGAGGGAGAACUAUUGCCUUUUGCUAAUUAUCCGGAAAACUGCGAUAAAUAUUAUAUAUGUUUAGAGGGAAGACUUGAAGAACGCGAGUGCGGUAUAGGCAAUACUUUUAACGGUAGCCUUGGUGUCUGCGUACCUGAUUUAAAUAAUGUUUGUUGGCCAAAUAUAUGUAAAAAUCAAACUGAUGGUACUGCUUUGGGGGACCCUACAAAUUGUACCUCGUUUUACCUCUGUGAAAAUGGAAAAGGGCAGGUUUACGAAUGUCCACCCGAAAAAUGGUUCGAUCCAAAACAUAAAGUUUGUAUAGCAGAUUACAAUGCAACUUGCAUUAAUCCUUGUAAAGACACCACGGGUAUUACAUUCUUGCCCAACCCAGACUGUUCAAAAUACUUUCUUUGUAAUGAUGGCAAAGCUUACGUUGAGACAUGCCCUAAAGGUGGAUUCGACGUAACCUUAAAUAAAUGCGAAGAGGAUGCUGUUUGCGAGGCUACAAUGUGUGUGGGUAAAGAUGAUGGCACCACUUUCCCUAUGGCCGGCAAUGACACUAAAUUCUAUUUGUGCCUCGGUGGGGAAGCAGAGAUAUAUGAUUGUCCUUCUGGCAAAACGUUCAAUGACACAUUUGGCAUUUGCUUGGAACAACCUAGUUCGCAAUGUAAUCAGACUAAAUGCAGUCUUCUUAACUCGGAAGACAACGCUUUCGCACCUGUAACAGACACUGAUGAUUCCGCCUUCUGUUUGUGCCGUGAUGGAGGAGCCUUCUUGCACCACUGUGUUGAUAAUUACACAUUCAACGCUGCUAUCGGUGUUUGUUAUUCGAAUGCACCUUGCGAUCCAGAGGUGUGCGAUGCUUUACCGGAAAAUACUCGUUCUCAAAAUCGUAAUGAUACACACAGUUUCUGUUUAUGUGUCAGCAAGCAGCAAGUUAUUGUUGAUUGUCCAAAUAAUCAAACUUAUAAUCCGGUCACGCAAUUGUGUCAAGAACUGGACGAUAAAUGUUCUCCCACUUUUUGCUUUACUGCUCCGGAGUAUACCACUUUCCCCGCCUUAGACAACAACACCGAGGGUUUCUGCGAGUGCAUCAGCACGGGCAAUAUAUUUAAACUGUGUGGGGAUGGCAAGCAGUUCAAUGCUAAUAUAGGAAUAUGUCUACCAACAACUCAAGAGGCUUGUAGUGAUGCACUUUGCGUUGGUAAUGCUGGUAUGAUUUUUGGGGCUCUUGGUGAUCAGCACGCAUUCUGUUAUUGUGCCAGCGAUGGCGUUGCAAUAAAGCAGACCUGUCCGAACUCUGAGAUAUUUAACGAGACAUUGUUGAUAUGCGAAGCUACGGGUUGUGAUGGUCAAAUUUGUUUGACAAAUCCAACUGGUCCAUUCCCGGCAAUAAAUGAGCCAUAUUCGUUCUGUAUUUGUGGAAGCACAGAUCCGAGCUCCGUGACAAAGCACUCUUGUAGCAAUGGCACUCGAUUCGACCCGUACUACUCUAUAUGUAAAGAUGACCCUUGUGAUAAGAACUUUUGCUCUGUCGCAACCAAUGACGGUGUUCCUUAUCCAGCCAAUAAUUAUCCACAAGGAUUUUGUGUGUGUACAAGUGGCGUGCCCACAUUGCAUCUUUGCUCUGAAGGCUCAGUAUUUAAUGCAGCUAAAAAUAUAUGUGAAUCAAUGACAAUUCUCGAAUGUGACAUAAGAGAGUGCGCUAACGCUACUGCCGAUUACACGUACCCCGUUGCAGCUAAAAAUAAUUCGCAUGGUUUCUGUUAUUGUUUCUCACAAACAGAAGUAGAAUUCUUUCUCUGCCCUGAUGAUGCUUUGUAUGACCCUCAGCGUGGAAUUUGUGGUGUGCGUGAAGAGCCCACGGAAUCUCCAGUGCAACCUGGGGAUGAUUGUACAUGCCCGGGAGGUUAUACCGAUGGCCAAGUAUUACCGAAUCCUACAAACUGCCGGCUUUAUUAUGUCUGCAACCACGGUCGCCUACAAGAAUUCGAUUGCGGUCAGGGCAAUUUCUUUGAUCAAGCUAGCCUAACUUGCCAGCCGUUGAACAGAAACCUGAGGCAGAGUCAAAAUCAGCUUAAGCGCUCAGAAGUGAUACCGGAGAAUAAUGUAAGGUCUAUGAAGGUUUUAAAAGAUUUAUUUAAAAAAUUUACCCAAAAUCUGUGUGUAGAAAGCGACAAAAAACACGUUCACUCUAAUUGCUCGCAAUAUGAAAUUUGCAUAGAUGGCGUUUGGACACGUCUUACCUGUUCAGACGAUAGAUACUACAAUGCUGAUCAACGAAAAUGCCUAGAACCACGAGAUGAUACGGUUUGCAUAUAUGCGCGGGUGAAAAAUAUGCCAACCUGCAACACAUUAAUGGAGCAACGCACUACAACUAACAGAGCGCUGAACUGCACCCAAUACUACCGCUGCAGCCAUGGUAAAUGGCGAUUAAAAAGCUGUCCCAAGCAUCACUUUUACGCAAAUCACUUGAGUACGUGUAUUCGAAGUUACUACGACGAUGUUUGCGCAGCGCGGCAAGAAAUGGAAAACGAUUUUGCGAUGGCACAAAAUUUAAGUUCGACUAGCUCGAAAUGCCGUCACAUGGCAGUACGCCGCUUUGAGCAAAAUUGUCGCAAGUAUCUUAUGUGUUUGGAAAAUAAAUGGUGGCACCAAUUUUGUCCACUUGGCAUGUACUAUAAUAAUACUUACAACUACUGUAUGCCCAACACAGAUGGACAGUGCUCUUUAACGAGUAGUAUAAAAAUCAAUAUAAACUCACAAAUGGAAUUUGAUACAGCGUCUUGCGACUUACAGGGCGCUUUGCGUCCCUCAGCCUUGUCUUGCGAUCGGUUUUAUGAAUGUCAAUCGGGAUCUUGGGAAUUAAAGAAGUGUGCUCGCAACCAAUAUUUCAAUGCUACUGAAGGUUUAUGUUUAAAUGAUAAAUUGAAAUUUUGCCUUCCAUCCAAUGAAGUCAAUUGCACUGAAGGUGAACGUCGCGAGUUUCCAUUCAACUGCACCGCGUAUGAAAUAUGUGUAGAUGGCAAAUGGCAACGGAAUGAUUGCAAAUCUGGUUUUAUGUUUGAUGAUAUAUUGAAUAUAUGUACAAUAAAUGAUGGGAGCUGUGCUGAAAAUGGUUUGCGAAAAGUUUGUCAAAAAUGGGAGGUCAAACCGCAUUUACUCUCUGAGAAUUGUACUCAAUUUUAUUAUUGUUUUCAUGACAAUUGGAGCCAAGGUACUUGCUUGAAGGCCCACACUUAUUCUAAAGAGUUAGGCGAGUGUGUGCCAAAUGCUGCUAACGAAAAAUGCCAAACCUUCACCGAGGAAGAGAGUUUAUCCAUUGUUAUAAGCUCAAAUUUAUCCGUUAAGUUAGAAUCCGGAGACAGUAUAAGUACGAUCUGCCGUGAUCUCGAAGACGGUAGUAUUGUACAACAUCCAUAUAGCUGCUUACAUUUCUUCAUUUGUUUCAGGCAAGUGGCAAUCACUGAACAGAAAUGUAUUAAAGGAAGCUUUUUCGAUGCAAAACUUAAUUAUUGUCGUCCAAAUGAUGGUAGUUGCCUAAUACCUCUCAGUGGUGUAUGUGAAAAUGCCACUGACGGUGGGAACGCUGCACAUCCGAAGGAUUGUAGGGCAUUUUAUCAAUGCUCCACUUUGAAUGGUACUGAGUUACUCUAUUGCCCCGAGGGCGAGUAUUAUAAUACUGCUACCGGACAGUGUCAAAUUGAUCAGGGUGAGUGUCGGGCCUUUUUUAAAGAUAAUAGCAAAUGUGCAGGUGUAGAGCACGGAAAGCAUAUAGCACAUGAACGAUUCUGCAACAUUUAUUUCGCAUGUGUACGUGGCUUGGCUAUACCAGCUAUGUGCCCGUCCGAACAGCAUUUUAAUCCGGCCGUUGGGAGUUGUGGGAGUGAUGUUAAACAAAGUUGUGAAAAUGAAACGCUGUUAAAUAUUGUUAACGAGCUUAACCCAAUUUAUGGCUGUGAAAAUUUAGAUGAUGGUCAUUACCUUCCUGACAUUACAGAUUGUACGAGAUAUUACGUUUGUUCUAGAGGUAUGAAGGUGGCGAAACGAUGUUCGUUGGAUACAUAUUUCGACAGUGAGCAGAGUCUUUGUGUGCCAGAUGAUAAAUCCUGUCCAUACAUUGAGAAAAAGCAGCCCAAUCUUCUUUUAGCACCACCAGAUCCGUCUAUAUGUGAAGGAAAACAUGGAACAAUCUUGCCAGAGUCGGGUGAUUGUAAAGAAUUUUACGUGUGCGUCAAUGGAAAGUUGCGGCAUGAGCGAUGUUACACGAACUAUUACUUCAAUUCGUCACUUAUGCAAUGCCAAAGGUAUCAUCUAUACGACGACAAUACAACACUUGGAGACGCUGUUAGUGGGAGCGUACAUGAAUCUAAGAUAAUACAAAAUGGACUGGAAUGUAAAAACGAGCCUUUAAAUAAUACUCAACUGUGCUUUCAAAUGCCUCAACGCUCUUCUCUUGCUGAAGAAGGGGACUGUCGGCGGUACAUUAAUUGCAACGAUGAUGGUCAGGCAGUAACCCAAAGAUGUCGCAAUGGCGAAAGUUAUGACAGCUUACUUGGUUUUUGUCGACAAAACGAUGGCACAUGUUUACUGGAGAAUGGCCAGAGAGUUGGCGUAUGCAAAGGCCGGCAUGGAGAGCUAGUACAAAACUCAGAAGAUUGUCGUGGAUAUUUUGUGUGCAUACAUGGACAAAAAAUAGCUGGUAAUUGCAAGAAAAACGAAUAUUAUGAUAAGAUCCAAUCGAAAUGCAUUGCUGAUAUGGAUAAUCAGUGCGGCGAAGGUACCACUCAAACGGUCCAAACGCAAGCAGUGUCUUGUGUUGGCCUAAGCAAUUCCGUACUUUAUCCAUAUACAUUCGAUGAAUGUCGCUCUUACUUCCAAUGUGUGAAUGGUAUACCAAAAGUGCAAAAAUGCGCCGAUGGGCUCUACUUCAACGUUACAAUAACACGUUGUGUGAAGGAAAUUUCAAACUGUUACGCACCUGUGGUAAAUCUAAAGCAUGCGACGGAAGGAAUAGUGCAUCGGAAAGAGAAUAUUUGCGAUAAGGCAUUACCAGGUCACCGCUACGCUAAUCUAGAUGAUCACUGCCAUUCUUUUUAUGUUUGUGAUGAAGACGGCAGCGCAAUCCGCACUAAUUGCGCUUUUGAUGAGCUAUACAAUGCUGAAACUGGAAUUUGUGAGCCUUCAAGUCAAGUUGUGUGCAAAUGGAAUUCACUUCCUUAAAUCAACAAAUAUAUAUGCUUAUAAUGUUUUCAAUUUUCCAUAUGUCUAAUAAAUAAGUUUGAUGACUUAACAAUAUUC